CAUACUGAACUGAGAGGCAGAGUGUGUCGGAAUCUGGACAUUUUCGACGGAGCGUCAAAAAGCCAUCAGCCGACAGCUAGACGUUUGGUUCUGGGAAAAGGAGAACGUUUCAGCGGUCGGGGGGAAAAGAACGGGUGUCGUAUUUCGCUCGUAUGAGGGAAGGGUGUAGAUGGGACUGUCUCAGCUCUGAACCAUGGAAUGCCCCCUCCGUCCGCCACUAGCCUGCUCUUCUCCACAGACUGACUUCCAGACACUCAGUUAGCGACACGUUGCUCCCCUCCAACUGAACACAACCAGGAAGGGGAAGAAGUCACAGCGGAGCUUCGUACGCACAGAGGAAAGGAUUUUCAGCUCCUCUCCAACAUAUUAACAGCUAGCUCACCUUAGUUAGUUAGGGUUAGUUAGUUGGGGUUAGUUUUCCCUUGUCUUCUCUGUGGAUUUGGGAUUUUUUUUAAUAGAGAGUCAAGAUGGUGGAUUUACAGGAGUACCUGUGGAUGGUGAUCCUGGGCUUCGUCAUAGCCUUCAUCCUGGCCUUCUCUGUGGGGGCCAACGACGUGGCCAACUCGUUCGGGACGGCGGUGGGGUCGGGGGUGGUGACUCUGAGACAGGCCUGUAUCCUGGCGUCCAUCUUUGAGACGUUGGGUUCCAUGCUGCUUGGAGCCAAGGUGGGAGAGACCAUACGGAAGGGCAUCAUAGACGUCAACCUAUACAACGAGACGGUGCCUGUUCUUAUGGCAGGGGAGGUCAGCGCCAUGGUCGGGUCAGCGAUUUGGCAGCUCAUCGCCUCGUUCCUCAAACUACCCAUCUCCGGGACGCAUUGCAUCGUGGGAUCGACCAUCGGGUUCUCCAUGGUGGCCAUCGGUACCAAGGGUGUCCAGUGGAUGCAGCUGGUCAAGAUUGUUGCGUCCUGGUUCAUCUCUCCCUUGCUGUCUGGACUGAUGUCGGGAUUCCUCUUCUUCCUCAUCAGACACUUCAUCCUCAGUAAGGAUGACCCUGUCCCCAACGGCCUCCGUGCCCUGCCAGUGUUUUACGCCUCAACGAUAGGCAUCAACGCCUUCUCCAUCCUCUACACUGGUGCUCCAUUGCUAGGUCUGGAGAUGUUACCGGUGUGGGCUAUAGCUCUGAUCACGUUGGCAGGGGCUCUGGUCUGUGCUGCCGUGGUGUGGUUCGCUGUGUGCCCCUGGAUGAGACGGAAAAUUUCAAGUCGUAUGAAGAAGGAGCACGCUGCCCUGUCACGCAUCUCAGACGAGUCCUUAGAUCAGAUCCCAGAGGAGGAGGAGGACACUCCCGUGUUCAAGGAGCUACCGGGCGCCAAGGGGACGGAUGACGCUGUGCUGCCGUUAACCGGUGGUACCGGAGGAGAGGUCACCGGGGAGCUCAACAGCCUGGCCAAUGGAGGCACUGUCCUGCCCAACGGACGGGUCUACGGGCGGACCCACUCCAUGACCAACGGUACCCUGUCCAUGUCCAAGUCCCCGCUGUCCAACGGCAGCUUUACCUUCGGAGGGGAACACAUCCGCAGCGACGGUCAAGUGUACCACACGGUUCACAAGGACUCUGGUCUCUACAAAGACCUGCUCCACAAGAUCCACCUGGGACGGCUGGAGGACGACCACUCCGCCCCCACGCCAGACAACAACUACCGCCUGCUGCGUCGCAACAACAGUUAUACCUGCUACACGGCCGCCAUCUGUGGCAUGCCGGUCCAACCGCUGCUCCGCUCCGAGUCCCGCGAGUCCCGAGAGGCCCGAGAAGACAGUGAGAAGCUGGUGGGGGAGGGGGAGAGGUCUGGGAGCGUGUCCUACACCAAGAAGAGGGUCCGCUACGAUAGUUAUUCAUCGUACUGUAACGCUGUGGCGGAGGCCGAGAUUGAGGCGGAAGAGGGCGGCGUGGAGAUGAAGCUGGCGUCUGACCUCGGGGGCGAGGAGGCAGGGGCGCCGGGGGCUCCCGUCCCACUGGAUGACUCCGCAGAAGAGGAUGAAGGGGAUAAGGACAAGCCGACCGUCUACCUGCUCUUCCACUUCCUGCAGAUCCUCACCGCAUGCUUUGGAUCCUUUGCUCACGGAGGCAACGACGUCAGUAACGCCAUCGGCCCGUUGGUGGCGCUGUGGAUGAUCUAUGACCAAGGUGGGGUGAUGCAGGACGCUGCCACCCCCAUCUGGCUACUGUUCUACGGGGGCGUAGGAAUCUGCUGCGGCCUGUGGGUCUGGGGGCGCCGGGUGAUCCAGACCAUGGGCAAGGACCUCACCCCCAUCACACCUUCCAGUGGAUUCACUAUAGAGCUGGCGUCAGCUCUCACUGUUGUGUUUGCUUCCAAUAUCGGAAUCCCAGUCAGUACCACACACUGCAAGGUGGGCUCGGUGGUAGCGGUUGGCUGGAUCCGCUCCAAGAAGGCGGUUGAUUGGCGGUUGUUCCGUAAUAUCUUCCUGGCGUGGUUCGUCACAGUGCCAGUAGCCGGGCUGUUCAGCGCUGCGGUCAUGGCCCUGUUCGUCUACGGCAUCCUCCCUUAUGUCUGAGGAAGAGAGGAGAGAGGGAGAAAAGACGAGAUGGAGAGAGAGAGUGGGAGAGGGGAUGGUAAAGAAAGAGGAGAUGCAAAGAAUGAAGCUAGUAGGAAAAAAGAGAUGGAUGGAGUGGUUAAUUAAACUGUCUAGAGGGGAGAAGAAAAGAGAAUUAGAUCACACGCUGCCUGGGUUCUGGUCCUGAAGAGGGUUAGAUCACAUGCUGCCUGGGUUCUAGUCCUGAAGAGGGUUAGAUCACAUGCUGCCUGGGUUCUAGUCCCGAAGAGGGUUAGAUUACAUGUUGCCUGGGUUCUGGUCAAGAGACUUGUUGACUUCUAUGCUGAAGGAUUCUUGUUUUAUUUUUUUAUUUUCAUUUUUUUUUUGCAUUAAAAAAAACUAAUAUGUUCAAUCUUAUAAAACAACCUGCUGUACAGACGCAUAUUACCGACAGACAUAUUACGGACGGACGUGUUACGGACGGACGUGUUACGGACGGGCGUGUUACGGACGGGCGUGUUACGGACGGGCGUGUUACGGACGGGCGUGUUACGGACGGGCGUGUUACGGACGGGCGUGUUACGGACGGGCGUGUUACGGACAGACGUGUUACGGACCGAUAUACGUUAAGACACUAGGAUUCUACUGUUUUACAGGCAAUAAUAUGAAAGAUAAAUGCAGUCAACACAAUGUUUCGAUCAUCACUAGUUAACACAGUUAAAAUGAUAUCUCAUCUUUAUAUAUAUAUAUAUAUAUCUCUUUCAUUGCGUUAUUAGCGGCUGCCUGCAGUAGGAAACCACGGUGUAGUCGGUUCAGUAGUUAUCCUUAAUGCCCAAAAGAAAAAUUGUACAUAUUGUAAUAUUGGAUUAUUUGAGUGCGAUUUGUUGUACUGCAGCUUAGCUUUAAAACAAAAGAUGUGUGUCGUUCAACCAAACCACUCUGACUCUUCAUAGCCUACCAUUACCGUUACUGCCCUUACACGCUAGACAGGAAGGAAGUUACUGCCCUUACACGCUAGACAGGAAGGAAGGUCUUGUUGCCACGGCGACCAUAAAACCCUCCCAGGGUGCUGAGAUUGCAAAAAAAAAAAAUUCUCC